CAAGCUAGUGGGCAUGCUAGCCUCACAGUAAGCAGCCGUCUUGCCCUGUUGCCGUGCAUUGACAAGCCCAAAACAAAUCCUCAUAUUUGGCUGGUUGCUUACUGUGUUUCUGCCAAGGAGCUUUAUUGGUCAUGAGAGGGGGCUAAGCUGGGCUAGUGUGCGCAUUGUUGUCGGCGUUUCAUCAUUACUGGACUGGUAGUUGGAGGAGGUGAGGUGGGGUGGGGGGGAUGACCUGAUCCAAUGCGUCGGUUCUGACACAUAAAAUGUAACGAAGCUAAAUACAUCUGGCUGGUGACAACAUGAGCUGCGACUUCGUGUGACAAUGCAAAACUCUCCUCUUUUCCAGUACCUGCACGAUCUAGGGCACACAGACUUUGAGGCAUGUCCAACGGCAUCGCAAGAGGAGGAAUAUGGAGGACAAGAGGGUGACCUCGCCUCUCCCGACGAAGGUCCACAGAAAACUUCAGGAGGACCUUUAUGGAGACUGGCUGAAGCCUUGUGGAGAUGGAGCCCCAUUCACCAGGCCGCUGCAUCUCGUAAGCUGGAGCAGCAACUGGACUGUGUGUUCGGUCAGUACUCGGUGAGGUGCAUUCUGGACCAGGAUGUGCUGCUGCAGGAGGAUGUGGAGCUGAUUGAGCUGUUAGACCCCAGCCUGCUCACACUGGGCUCUUCGCCCUCUGGCUCACCCAGCCGAGCCAGCGCCCUGCCCAGACCGAGCCUCAUCGCCAGACCCUCGCUAUGGGACAUGGCGGGGCUGGUCGGCAUGGCUGCGGUGCUGCUGGGUCUGUGCUCUGUGUCUGAGGGACUGUGGUCGCUGGCCGCAGCCCCGUGGGGCCUCGCCCUGCUGGGCUGGAUGGGGCUGAGGGGGGCCACGCUGUGGAAACGGGGCCGCAUGCAGAGAGGCGUCCACGCCAGAGCCACGCAGCUCCAGACUCUGGUCCACAACAGCAAGACUCUGACCGGCUUGUCUCGCAAAGCCCUUCGCCUGGUGCAGGAGACCGAGGUCAUCUCCCGAGGGUUCACCCUUUUGCUCGACAGGGUGAGUGCGGCCAGCUCCUUUAGCAGGGCGGGGCCGGGGGCGGUGCCACGCGGCCAGCAGCUGAUCGGACUGAGGAAGGCCCUGUACCGGGCGCUCCGCUCUGCCUUCAGAGCCUCGCGAAGAGCCACCUGUCACAUGCUCAAGGCGUUCCCUCUGAAUUCUGAGAUUGAUAACGUGACCAACUAUGUGUCUGCGGUGCCUCUUAAGGAGCUGGGCCUCGGCCUGGGAAUCGAGCACCUGGGUGACGAACAGGCCCAGGAGCUUACAGACGACUACAGCCUGCCUGCCCUGAAGAUGCUGUUCCAGCUAUGGGUGGGACAAAGCUCUGAAUGUUUCCGUCGACUUGCUCUCCUCCUGUCACCGCGGCGAAUAGAGGAGCAAGAAGAGGUCGGUCCAAAAGGAGACAACUCCCCUCCUCCUACGCCAGCGUUACACCGGUCCAUCGCCGCGGUGACCGAGCCCCUCCAUCACGCUCUGGCCAGCUGUCUCGGGGAAGUGCAGCGCAGCUACGACUUCCACCGCCACUUCGAGACCCAGCCGAGGACGACGGGCUCCGACAGGACCGGGCGAGCCAGGGAGAAAUGCCGAGAGCUCAACACCCUGCACACCUCCAUCCGAAGCCUCCAGCUGCACCUCAAGGCUGUGCUCAGCGAGAUGAUCAUUCUGGAGGACGACCUGGAGAAGUUGAUGGUGUCCAAAGAACUGGCGGAGUUGACACUGGAGGGUUACAAGGAUCUCAGCGACCGGCUGCACCAGCUGCAACCGCACAUGCAAGCCAGCUCCGGCUGCUGGGAGGACACCAUCACCCAGGUGGAGCGCAUGCUGAGACGGGCCAACGCCUGUCCGGGUAAUGCUGAGUGCGCGGAGCAUUGUGGUCCUCCUGUACCUGAGAUCCCCGCUCCUCCUCCUUCCUACCCCUUGAUCCUGGACAGAGACCCGGUACCGGAGGAGCUGGAGUGGGAGGCCUACGUGUCGGACUCGGACUCGGACGGUGAAGGCAGGGGUUCUUGGUGCGACAUGUUGACACCGGAGGAACGGGAACGCCAGCGCAGGGAGAGGGAGGAGUCUCGUCGCGUCCUGUCAGAGCUCAAAGCUGUGCUGGGCUUCCGUGCGUCCGAGGGCGAGAGGAUGAAGAGGAAGCAGCUGCUCUUCAACGACCAAGCUGCUGUGCCGCCUUCAGCUCGCAGUGACGGUUCAGAUCCUGCCGUGGAGCCUUCAGGCGCUCCGGCCUCUGUGGGCUCAGCAGAAAGUGGAGACGAAGAAGGAAACCACCUAUCAGAGCGCGCUGCAGGAAACGAAGGGGAGGAAGAGGAAGGAAAAGACGAGAGGGUGGGGCCUGACCCCUCCACAGAGCCGGUGACGGAGUUCAGCUGCGGUUUGGAGGAGGAGGGAGGGGAGGCGGGAGGAGCUUCGGUCUGCGCGAGAGGAGGAGGCGGAGCGUCCGAGCUGCACCAAUACGACGGCGUCCUGGAGGAAGGGGAGGCGCAGAACGGUCUGGACUGCUUCCUGAAGCCGAAAGUCCCCGCUGUCACUGUGAUGGACAGACUGACGGAGAUGCACGGCUCGCAGGCUCUCAGCUUCAGCUCCGCCCUCGCCGCACAGGUGGCGGCGCGCUCGCACUCGCUCAUCAACAUGGAGGAGCAGACGUUCGGAGACGAGGAGGAUGAAGAAGAAGAAGAAGAAGAAGAAGAGGAAAGCAACAGACGAACCCCUGAGAAGGACUGAAAUCAAACCCCGCUGCUGCAACCGAGCACUGAGCAGAGACUGUAUUUAUGUCUGAUUGUCUGGGUGUCUUUUAAUCGAUGGGUCUGUGUCACAUCUUAACUGUUUUAUGGUGUGGAGAUAUUUCAAAAUUUUACGCCACUCUCUGUUACCGAUCCGUCCGUGUUACAUUACCCACGAUUCUUACUGCUCUUUUGCUGUUAAAACUCAGGUACCAGAACCACUACAACAAAAACACGACCUUAUGGUGUUAAGGUCGGAAGACCAGAAUGUCUACAGUUUACUUGGUGACAUCCGCAUAGUGUAUAUCUCACAAUCGUUCGGUAGAUGUGGAAACAAAGAUUGUAAGAAACAUAAAAAAACGGUUUUAAUUGCAGUUUACUUAAAACACUCCGAGUUAUUUUAUUUGUCAGGAAAGCAGAAGGUUGAAUCAGCUGAUCUUAAUUCUUUCAGGCGGACAGAUACAUACACACCCACGAGAGCUAGAGGGAGCUCUGCGAGAAGAGGAAGUGGAUCACUAUUUUUACCGUCAGCGCUUUAUUUUCGUCCCGGCCCCCCUCCCACCUGAUUGGACACAAUAGGGUUACACAUAGCCGACCAUACAUUCACAAUCCUAUUUUCAAGUGGCAUAUUUGGAAUACAAUGCUAUUGUAUGUAAAAAAAAAAAAAAAAAAAGAAACAAUCCACGGAGCGUCUGUGUUUACACUCGGCGGAAAGGGAAGGUCAGGAAGCCUCGUUUAUGACUCGACACUUUAUGGACUGAAUUGUGUGAUGUGGAUGGCAUGAAUUCAUUGAGCUGUGCUGCUGCUGUGAGGUUUAAAAAUCCGAUACGAAGAGGAGGGGUGAUUUUUAAAAUAUAAAUAAAUAAACAAGAAGAAGAAGAAGCAUUUUCUCUCAUGUGAGGGCAAUCUAUAACUUUUUUUUUUGUUUGUUUCAUAUGAAGUUGCCAUAAGAGUGACAGCCCUGAUGUGUGUGUGCCCCCCUCCACCACCUCCUCCUCCUCCUCCUACCCCUCCCCAAGUCUUUCUUGUCACCAUGUCUGCCUUGUCCUGACCCCUCCCUGCACUCUCCCCUCAGGGGGGGAGGUGAGGUCUAUUACCCCUCCUGCAUUUUUUCCAAUGUGAAAAUAAAAUAUCAUUCUGGAAGUGUU